AUGGUUGAAAAUUUUUUGCCAAAAUUAUCUCAAAAUUUGCUUGAUGUUUUAAAUGAUGAAGAAUUUUAUGAUAUUACUAUUGAAGUUGGUAAAGACCCUUACGUAAAAAUAUUUCGUGCACAUGUAGUUAUUUUAUAUUAUCGUUCCCCUUAUUUGAAAAGAAUUUUAUCAACUAAUAAAAAGGAAAAUGAUAAAACUUUGGCGCACAUUAAAUUACCAAAUAUUUCACCAGAAAUUUUUCAAAUAAUUUUAAGAUAUAUUUAUGGAGGUAAUGUUUCUUUAGAGGAGUGUGAUGCUUUAGAUAUCAUUAAAAUUUUGGGUGCUGCAAGUGAAUUAAGUCUUCAUGAAUUAGUCACUUAUUUACAAUCCCUUUUGGUUGAAAAUAAAACAAAAUGGAUUGAAGAAAUUUUAAUUUUGUAUAUCAAACAACCAGAUAAGAUAUUUAAAUCACCAAAUUUUUCUUCAAUUCCGGAAAAAAUUUUGAUAUCUCUUAUUCAAAAUGAUUAUCUUCAAAUGAGCGAAGUUCAAAUUUGGGAUCAAGUAAUUAAAUGGGGAAUCGCUCAAAAUUCAGAUCUUUCCUCUGAUUUUACAAACUAUUCAAAAGACGAUUUCAAAACUUUAAAAAAUACUUUACAACAUUGUAUUCCAUUUAUUAAAUUUCAUAAUUUAACUUCUAAAGAAUUUAUGGAUAAAGUAUUACCUUGCAGAAAACUUUUACCAAAAGAAUUAUAUGAAGAUUUAUUAAAAGCUUUUUUGAGUCUUUCAGAUCCCGAUAGCAAGCCAAUAAGUAAAACAAGACAUCAUAAAACUAAUGAUAAUUUAUUCUUAAAAAAUAACGAUUUUGUAAUGGAGGAUGUUAGUGGACAAGCUGAACAAUCUGUAAUUACUGAACGAGAUGAACUAAUGAAUGAUAAUGAUAUAAUUAUGGAUGAUGAUAGAAUUAUGAAUGAUACUAUAAUUGAUUGGAACGAAAUAAAAAAGUUUAGUGAAAAAGAUAAGAAAGUGAUUGAUGAUGACGAUAUUUACGGUAAGGUUUAGAUAGUUUGAAUCUCAAAAUCCUAUUUCUAAAAUUUCUGAAUUUAAUUUUUACAGAGGCAAUUGACAAUUUAAUAAUAUAC